UGACUUUUUACAACAAACUACGACACCAAAGGUUGGUAUGAAACUAAAUACCCAUUUCACCGUUACUACGGAUUGAAAGGAAAUUUCACAUUAUUUCAAGGUAAAAUAUCCCAUGAAUAACAUUUUUAUUUAUAUUGAAUAUUUCAAAAAAAAAUACCAGAGAAUUGGGGUGAUUUAGACCAAAUCAGACAAAAAGAAAAAUGGGAGAAACGACUUUGGUUUUUGGCGAUGAACCUAGCUGGACUGAUGCGGAUAUUCAGCUCUACUUUCGUUCAAACCUUUCGUUAGAAAAAAGAUAUCAUAUUGUUAGGAAUAUUUAUCAGAGACUGAAGAAUUAUAUAUACUCGUCUAUAUCUAUAAAUCUAGUAUGGAAUCAUAUACAAGAUUUCUUUUCUAUAAAAACGAAUAAUCGAGAUAUGCGGAAGUUAGCAUAUAAUUUAAUGGAAAGAUAUAUCUAUACGCAGAAGGAAUUGUCUCUGAUGGAAAGAUAUGUGUUCUUUCAAUCCAUUGAAAAAAAUGAGUUUCAUGAUCCCUCAGAACUUAGGCUGAAACUCAAAUCUCUAAACGUUUUGACGAAUGAGGGUCAUAAAAUCUCUGGAAUUGAGAACAAAAUAUGCCCAUUAUUAGCUUCAUGGUUCAUUCAGGCUCACCAGUUUCAAACAGAACGCUCUCAAAAACAAGGGCUUUUAAAGGAAGAAGGUCUGUUAUUUCUAACUGAACUGUUUGCUUUUUCUAGCAAUUUGACCAAAUUCCAACUCUACAGGGUUCCUGAGCACCACGCACUGUUGCUUAUUAGUUCAGUCGUUGAUGUCUGUAACAGAACUCCAUUAACAGAAGUAGUUGAAAAAACAUUACUUCUUUUUGAUGCUCUUGUCCGUUACUCUUCCGUUCCAGGCUCUGCUGUCAAUGAUGUCGUUGUUAUUUUAUGCAGCGCUUUUGUAAGUACGUUUUCCUAUUCCAAGCUGGCCAACUCAGUCGUCGUCAAUCUAUUCCAAAGUCAUAUCUCACAUAUUGUCUUUGAAGCUGUUAUAGAUAUUUUGCGAAAUUUAAGGACGAACGUGAAUGCAGUUCGUGGUGCAGUUCGUCUUAUGCGCUUCUUUGUUUUGCAAGGGUCAACUAUAGAUCCAAUGGCAACCUUUAGUUUGAGUUCCUCCAUAAAGUAUACAGAGCUUCCUUUGGGCUAUCAUGAAAGCGUUGAUUUUGAGAUCCUUGGCACUGUCUUCUUGUACUUGCAAACUCCUCGUAUUUGCUCCCAAAUUUCUUCAGUGGAUUGGAGACGUAUUUUUAAUAUUUUAUCAUUUUCUUCGAAGUAUUUACCUUUUGAAACUUCAGAAACUAAAAAAUCGCAUAAAUAUGCUACUGCCUUUGCAAAUUUAUAUGAUCGAAUAUUGGAUGUUUUAGAGAUUGAUGCUUUCACUCCUUCGUUCAUCUAUUUUGAAGAGAAGCUAAUUGCAUUCUUUCAUAAAAUACUUCCUUUGUUGAAAACCUCGAUCUUAAAGAAACUUGUUCAGUACAUCGAUGCCUGUAAUCUUACUUGCCCUUCAAGUUCCUGUUGGACUUUAAAUCUUUCUUUUUUAUACAAAGUAAGCCAAACUGGUUUCCUUUCUGACCAAGAUAAGGCAAAUGUUUUAAAGACGAUCCAAAAAACAUGUUCAUUAUUGGAUAAAAAUUCAGUCUCUGAGUUUUACAAUGUUUUUCUUCUUCCAGCUUUAAAAGAUCUCAGUGACUCAGAAGAUGAGGGUUUAAUUGCUCCUUUAUAUAAUAUGCUAUUUUUUAUCCACGUCAAUCAUUCCUUUAUUGAGUUAGAGGGUUUAAUACCACUUUACCAGCAAUUUAUUCACUCUCCCAAUAGUGGGGAUAUCACAGUUCGACUUGCUACAAGCUCCUUAGUUCGCCUUUUUUAUUUCUACUCUGAUUUGAAAUGUAAGGAGCAGGCAUUCACACUUCUGUCAACACUUUUGUCUUUGCUGAGUAAUAACAGCUCUCCGAUAAUAACUCGAUCAAUGUGCUUACAGCUAUUUCUUCGAUUUCGUAGAAAUGCGCAAGGAAUAUAUUUGGUCGAACACUUACACCAGCGAGCUUCUCUCUCAAAUGCCAGUUUGUUUGAAGAAUCAAUGCCAUACAUCUACCCUGUUUCAGAUUCGUUUAUCAAUGACAUUUUCGUUGACAAGCAUCAUUGGGGAAGAUCAUCCUCUGAACUUUUCAACGAAAAGGAUGGAAGCGGACAAGUAAAUGACUUUAUAUUUCCUACGUCUUUACUGUUAAACACCUACAAAGAUAUAUUUCUUAAAGAAACUGAAUGGACUAUUUUCGGCUGUUUGGUUGCUCAUUUUCCAGAUCAGUUAAGCAACCGUAGCCUAUUUAUACAGUCAAUUCUUCAAAUCAGGGAAUUAGUAAAUGUUUUCUGUGGAAUGAUUUCUGAGCGCAUAGCAUUUCCCGCUGCUGUACCUGAAGAUGUUCGAAAAGCCCACAUUAUGAUACCUCUUCUUCAGGCUGCUUUAAUGUCGUUUGGAUAUCUAGACCACUUUACACGGGCCGAAAAAGAUGAAUUAGUUAAUGCAUUUUUACCAGGUCUUGAAAAACGGAAUGAAGUAUGUCAUAUUUGUAUACAUGCUUUAUUGUUGUGUUGCUAUGAAAUGCCAGUAUCUAUCAGCAAGCAUCUACCAGCAAUUUUAACCAGGUUAUCCAGAUUGAUAACUAAGCCAGAUUUGAGUGUUCAUAUUUUGGAAUUUUUAAGCAGUUUGGCUAGAUUGCCAGACCUCAUUGCUAAUUUUACAGACGCUGAUUUUCGGCAAGUUUUCGGGGUUUCUUUGAAAUACAUACAGCAUUAUAAUGUUACAAAAAGCGGGAAGACUCAACCCAAUGAUAAUGUUGUAAUUAAGCAGUCUUAUUCAAGUUAUGUGCUAGCUUUGGCUUACAAUAUUCUUCAAAUUUGGUUUCUUUCAGUACGGACUAGUGAACGUAAAAAAUUUGUUCCUUGGAUUUUGCGUGGAUUAAGUUUAGCUGCUGAAGGUCAAGCUCUCGAUGAUUUGAGCUUGGUGCAGUAUGAUAUGAUGCAAAGGUUUUGUUAUUCAAACUCUGAUAUUCACAAUCAAGCUUCGAGUGGUAUUGAUCCAGACAUGAAUUCACAAACCUGGAUCCGCGGAAAUUCUCUUUUUACCGUCAGCGUAUCAAAGAAUUUGAAUUACAUGCAAGCGCUUGUACGUCGUCCUUCUGGGACAACGCAAUAUACAUUUCGAAAUAUGGCUUAUUUAAGAAACUGGAUGCUUGAAGAGGACUUAUCAAGUUCCAAGGGUCUACCAUCUCAUAAUGAAUUUGCUCCGAUUCCUAGUAGUUUUUUCUCACAUUUUUUGGAUCCACAGGGAAUCUCUGUCGAUAGCCAUCCAAUUCUCUUACCUGCUAAUGAUGCUGUGCGAAGAGCUAUUGCUGUUUUCGAUCGGGUUCCAGUUAUUGAAUCUCUGAAGGCUGGAGUUGUUUAUGUUGGUUAUCAACAAACUGUGGAAGCGGAUAUAUUAGCCAAUACAGACCCUUCUCACAGCUUCAAAGAAUUUCUCAAUGGACUGGGAGUUAUGACAGAGUUGAAAGGUAGCAAAGAAUUUUACACAGGAGGUUUGGAUCGUGAAAAUAACAUCGACGGUGCAUUUGCCUAUUAUUGGAAAGAUAAGGUCACGCAACUUGUUUUUCAUUGUACAACAUUGAUGCCUACAAAUUUUGAACGGGAUCCCAGCUGCACCAUGAAAAAACGGCAUAUUGGAAAUGAUUUUGUAAAUAUAAUUUUUAACGAAUCAGGUCUGGUUUAUGACUUUGACACUAUUCCUAGCCAGUUCAGCUUUGUGAAUAUAGUAAUCUCUCCAGAAUUUGAACCAAACAGUUCGUCAAAUCAGUCUGCCAAAUUCUUCAAGGUAGAAGCGCAGACAAAAUACGAUAUAGAUUUCAGUCUUUUCAACAGCCAUAAGAUUGUUUCGUUAGAAUCAUUGCCUGCGGUCGUGCGAGAUGUGACAUUAAAUGCAGCGGUCUUUUCUCAUAUCUAUCAUCAAGGUGCUGGUGACUAUGUUUCAAUAUGGACUGAGCGUUUACGACAACUAAAGCGAUUAAGAGAAAGGUUCCUACCUGCACAUUUGGUUGAGGAGGAUCAUGAGGAACGAAUACAGAUGAAAUUAAAAAAUGGCACAAAUUUUUCGGACUUCACAAGCUAUCUCUAAUAAAAAAGGAGGGGGUGCAGACAUUAUUUAAUGAUAGAUAUGUAUACAUUUAUGAAUGAUUCUCUAAUAAUAAUUAAUUAAUAAAUAUUUACUAAUCUAUUCAUAUUCUAUGGCAACAAAUAGUUUGAUUUGUA